GUGUGCGUGCGUGCGUUGCGUGUUUGCGUGUGGUCACAGUUCCCGCCAUCAGCCGCUCUCCCUGACUCGGGGGAGUUAGCUGUUCCUCUUCUUCGUGUUCGGCUUCUCAUUCUUCCUUAACCCCCUCUCCUCCCCUUCCACCCAGGCCUGUCGGGGCUCCGGACGCGCAGACACAGUUGAGUUGAUGGCUUCCGGAGAACUGGGAUAGCUGCAGAAUAUGAGUAGUUCCCCAAGAAGAUUGCAUUGCCUUUGGCACAAGCAUCAGAAUAAAGUUAUUUGAUGUACAAUAUAUAGAGGCCUCGAACUGCAGUCUGCAGGCUAUAUAUAUACCCUGUCUACAGAAUCUGUCAGGUGAAGGUAUAUUUUUGCUUUAUAAUUUGGCUAGAAACGGUUUAUUUUUUAAAGAAAGUAUGUCUCCUCUGAAGAUACAUGGUCCUAUCAGAAUUCGAAGUAUGCAGACUGGGAUUACAAAAUGGAAAGAAGGAUCCUUUGAAAUUGUGGAAAAAGAGAAUAAAGUUAGCCUAGUAGUUCACUACAAUACUGGAGGAAUUCCAAGGAUAUUUCAGCUAAGUCAUAACAUUAAAAACGUGGUACUUCGACCCAGUGGAGCAAAACAAAGCCGCUUAAUGUUAACGCUACAAGAUAACAGCUUCUUGUCUAUUGACAAAGUACCAAGUAAGGAUGCAGAGGAAAUGAGGUUGUUUCUAGAUGCAGUGCAUCAAAACAGACUUAAUGCAGCCAUGAAACCUUCUCAGGGGUCUGGUAGUUUUGGAGCUAUUUUGGGCAGCAGGACCUCACAGAAGGAAACCAACAGGCAGCUUUCUUACUCAGACAAUCAGGCCUCUUCAAAAAGAGGAAGUUUGGAAACUAAAGAUGAUACUCCAUUUCGAAAAGUUCUUGGUAAUCCAGGGAGAGGAUCAAUUAAGACGGCAGCAGGGAGUGGAAUAACUGUCCCCCGGACGAUUCCCUCUUUGACAUCUACAUCAACACCUCUUAGAUCAGGGUUAUUAGAAAAUAGAACUGAAAAGAGGAAAAGGAUGCUGUCUGGCUCAGAGUUGAAUGAAGAUUACCCUAAGGAAAAUGAUGCAUCAUCGAACAACAAGGCUAUGACAGAUCCCUCAAGAAAGUAUUUAACCAGCAGUAGAGAGAAGCAGCUCAGUUUGAAACAGUCAGAAGAGAAUAGGACAUCAGGGCUUUUACCUUUGCAGUCAUCAUCCUUUUAUGGUAGCAGAUCUGCAUCCAAGGACUACUCUUCUGGCAGCACUAAUCUGGACAGGACUAACGUUUCAAGCCAAAUUCCCUCUGCCAAAAGAAGUUUGGGAUUUCUUCCUCAGCCGGCUCCUCUUUCUGUUAAAAAACUGAGGUGUAAUCAAGAUUAUACCGGCUGGAACAAACCAAGAGUACCCCUUUCCUCCCACCAACAGCAACUUCAGGGCUUCUCCAACUUGGGAAAUACCUGCUACAUGAAUGCUAUUUUACAAUCUCUGUUUUCACUCCAGUCAUUUGCAAAUGACUUGCUUAAACAAGGUAUCCCAUGGAAGAAAAUUCCACCCAAUGCACUUAUCAGGCGCUUUGCACACUUGCUUGUUAAAAAAGAUACCUGUAAUUCAGACACCAAAAAAGAUUUACUCAAGAAAGUUAAAAAUGCCAUUUCUGCUACAGCAGAGAGAUUUUCUGGUUAUAUGCAGAAUGAUGCUCAUGAAUUUUUAAGUCAGUGCUUAGAUCAGCUAAAAGAAGAUAUGGAAAAAUUAAAUAAAACUUGGAAAACUGAACCUGUUCCUGGAGAAGAAAAUUUACCAGAUACAUCAGCCACUAGAGUAUAUACGUGCCCUGUUAUUACUAAUUUGGAGUUUGAGGUUCAGCACUCCAUUAUCUGUAAAGCAUGUGGAGAGAUUAUUCCCAAAAGAGAGCAGUUUAAUGACCUCUCCAUUGACCUUCCUCGAAGGAAAAAGCCACUCCCUCCACGGUCAAUUCAGGAUUCUCUUGAUCUUUUCUUUAGGACAGAAGAACUUGAGUAUUCCUGUGAGAAGUGUAAUGGGAAGUGUGCGCUUGUCAAGCACAAAUUUAACAGGCUGCCCAGGAUCCUCAUUCUUCAUUUGAAGCGAUAUAGCUUCAAUAUCACUCUCUCACUUAACAACAAGAUUGGGCAGCAGGUCAUCAUUCCAAGAUAUCUGACCUUGUCAUCUCAUUGCACUGAAAAUACAAAACCACCCUUUCCCCUCGGUUGGAGUGCACAUAUGGCAAUUUCUAGACCAUUGAAAGCCUCUCAAAUGGUGAAUUCCUGCAUCACCAGCCCUUCUACACCUUCAAAGUAUUUCCCCUUAAAAUCCAAGAGUUCAUUGGCUUUAUGUCUUGAUUCAGACAGUGAGGAUGAGCUAAAACGUUCUGUGGCCCUUAGCCAGAGAUUUUGUGAAAUGUCAGGCUGUGAACAGCAGCAGGAAGACCUGGAAAAGGAUUCAAAAUCAUGCAGAAUAGAGCCUGAUAAAUCUGAAGUGGAAAACUCAGGAUUUGAUGCGAUGAGCGAAGAAGAGCUUCUAGCAGCUGUUUUAGAGAUAAGUAAGAGAGAAGCUUCACCGUCUCUGAGUCACGUAGAUGAUGAUAAACCAACCAGCAGCCCAGACACUGGAUUUGCAGAGGAUGAUAUUCAAGAAAUGCCUGAAAAUCCAGACCCUAUGGAAACUGAGAAACCCAAAACAAUCACAGAGCCAGAUCCAGCCGGUUUUACUGAGAUAACUAAAGACUGUGAUGAGAAUAAAGAAAACAAAACCCCGGAAGGAUCUCAAGGAGAGGUUGAUUGGCUUCAGCAAUUUGACAUGGACCGUGAAAGAGAAGAGCAAGAGCUUCAGCAGGCCUUGGCUCAGAGCCUCCAGGAGCAAGAAGCUUGGGAACAGAAAGAAGAUGAUGACAUCAAAAGGGCUACAGAGUUAAGUCUUCAAGAAUUUAACAACUCUUUUCUGGAUUCGCUGGGUUCUGAUGAGGACUCUGGAAAUGAGGACGUUUUAGAUAUGGAGUACACAGAAGCCGAAGCGGAGGAACUGAAGAGAAAUGCUGAAACAGGAAAUCUUCCUCAUUCCUAUCGGCUCAUCAGCGUUGUCAGCCAUAUUGGUAGCACUUCUUCUUCAGGUCAUUACAUUAGUGAUGUGUACGACAUUAAGAAGCAGGCGUGGUUUACUUACAAUGACCUAGAGGUAUCUAAAAUCCAAGAGGCUUCGAUGCAGAGCGAUCGGGAUCGGAGUGGUUACAUCUUCUUUUACAUGCACAAGGAGAUCUUUGAUGAGCUGCUGGAAACCGAAAAGAACUCUCAGGCACUUGGCAUGGAAGCGGGGAAGACCGCUCGUCAGGCCUCGUGAGGAGCAGGCUCCUGGGCCGGCAGUGCGCACUGCACGUGCUCCCUUACCGUCACCCCGCACCUGCCCUCCGCCGGAGGGGAAUUCAGAACUCUGCUUGAUGCGGGAGCAACCAACAGCUCAGGGCCAAACCAAAAGACAAAAAUUGCAGUUUUGCGGAAUGCUCCAUGCUAAUUGUUUUAUGGAAACUUUGGUCUCACCUCUAUAGCUGACUAUCCUCUAUUUCUCCUACAAGAGUAGCACUUCCUUUUGUCUUCGAAAUAUAUGUUGUAAAUAUAUAUAUAUGUAUAUAUAUGUACAUACACACAUAUAUGAGGAAUGAAUGGAGCCUUAAAAGAGUUACGAUGAGCCACCAGAGUAUUCCUGCUCAAAAUUAGUAGCACAGCGGUUGGGAAAGAAAUGAAGUUGUCAAAGAGUCCAUUCACCUAAGAGAUGUGUGAAGGUAUACAUAUCAGUUAGCAUUUAGCUUUUAAGUUCCUUGAGUAGUUUCACUCAAGUCUGUAAUCUUUCAUGCGUGUUCUUAUUAGUGAAGUUCACUGGAAAACCAGCUCUCCAUGUUACACUAAGGACAGUUUGUGCUCCUUGCAAAGGAGGGGCAUUUCUGCCACCUGACUUGGGGGCUUUUUUAAAAAAUUAAUUCAUGGAUUUGUAAUGCUUUUGCUGUUUACAUGCAGUCCCAAGAAAUGGAUUGUUGGUGCUUGGAAUGUGUUAAGAUCCCACAUUUGGUAUUAAUUGUACACUUUGUAUUUUCUUUAAAAGAGAUUUCUUCAGAAUGUGUUCAUUGUAUAUCAUCUAUAUUAUUAUGGUGGUGAAGAUAGAAUCUUUGAUUUUUCUUCUGUGUCAUUCUUUUAUGGAACAAGCAUUAUCCUUUAAAACUUUAAGAGGUAGGAAAAUAAUUGGGACACCCCAGCAGGGGUAGUUAGGGAUGAGGAAGAAUGCUAGCAUCUUCGUCUCAAACAGAGAGGUCAAGAGGGGUAUUCUUGUGUUAAAGCUAAAACUCUGGGCCACUAAAGCUAAAAGCCCUACUAGGAGUGUGAAGUAAGUACAUGAGCUAUGGAAUGAAGUUUGAACAUUUAACCAUUUGCUGUCUGUCUGGCUUUGCCCUUAAAACAGGCUGGGAAUUAAAAUGUGAUUGGUUUAGGUAAUCACAAGAACUAACACAGAAAUGGUGCAUAAUACAUUUACCUUACUGGUUAGGUGCUUUGAGUUGAUGAUCUUUUGGAGUGCAACCUUAACUGCUAUAUUAGUCACUCGGCUGACUUAAGCAGCUUGAUUAAGCAACUUGUGAAACCAUGUAAAGACUUUGAGAGUAGAAUUCUGUCCAAAAAAUAAUUUUGUGAGCCCAGGGAUCAUUAGAAUCAUAGUUAACUAUAGCAGACUGAAACCUUUGAUAUUUCUUUUUUUUUCCUCUUUUACUAUGAACAGGAUUACUCUCCCAUUCUUAAUAGGGGCAAAACUGUGUCUGGUUUUCAAGGAGAGAAAAUAUUUUAAAGUUUAUUAUCACAGAAAAUGCAACAUCUUUCCUGGAAAAUUGCCUUAAGAGAGUUCCAGCCCCAGCUUUUGAAACUUGGAUGUGUUCUGACUUAGUAACUCUUCUAAAAUUUUGAAUCUUUGAAUUAUAAAUGGCCCUAGCACUUUGCUUAAACUACUAAUAAAAACUUUGCCUCCCAUCAUUUACUUAGAUGCUGCUCUGGUGAAUAUACCAGUGGUAGGAUACGCAGGAGUAGUAUAGAGCAGAGGGAAAUAUUUAUUCUGAAAACUAGCUUUUUCCGCUGGGGAGCCAUUUUCUUUUUUCUUGAAAAUAGCUGGUUUUCUCAUACAAGUGAAGCGGUAAUCAAAUUCUUUAGCUACUUAUUACUUCCCUGUGUCUGUAUUUGAGAUUUUGAGAAGUGUUAUUUUAAAAAGAUAGGGGAAUUAUUUGAAGUGAGAGAGGGGUACAUUAGGGCAUAAAAAAAUAGAGAUAAUGCCAUAAGCCUAGAUGGUCGGUGAAGUACCCUCAUUAACUUGUUUUUCAUAGCUUGCGUGUGUUGUAUGGUUUAGAAGUACUCCUGGCUCAGAAACCUAAUUUGAUUUGGUCUUCAUGUCUUGGGCAGGGCUUAGUUGGAUGAAUACAAGUUACUGGGGUAGAUGAGUUACCUCACUGAAUUUUCCUCCAUAGCUGUUCAUGGUUGUAGCCUGGUCAGUUUCUCUCUCGUCACUCCUUUAUUACCCGCUUUACAAUUACUUUCAUGUUUUGGUUUAGUGGAGGAUUAAUGACUACAGAUGGAGCUUUUUAUCUGGACCAUGUUAAAUUUUUUUUAGCUGACUACAUAUUUAAAAAUUAUAAGUAGAUAAUAUUUUUGUGCAGUGUGAUCAGUUUGCUCACAGUCAGGAGGCGGUGCCUUUGGUACGUUGGGCCGGGAGGGUACAAGGUGCUGCAGUCCUGGGCAGUCCGCAGAGUCACUGCCUUUCCUGGUGAGUGUACCACACGUGGCUGCACAGUUGUAAAGGACAUUGAACUGGAACUCGACAGCACUUGAUUCUGCGUACAGCUGAUCUCAAUUAGAAUUUUCUUUUUUUUGAAGGGAAAAUUGAACUUCAAACUUGUUGCUUCUUAUUGGCUAAUGUCAUUAUGGAGAAUUAAAAGGUUGCGUGUGGCCAGAUACUAUCUGUCGUCACUUUGGUAGCCGUGACUGUAAUGUCAGCCUGUGAGAAGAUGGACUCUUUUUCCAGAGGUAUAUUGAUGUGUGUGUGCACACUCCUACAUUAUGUUUCAGCAAGAUAGAAAAGAAGCAAAUCCAUGACUUGUGCUAUUUAUAUUUUUAUUCCAAAAGCUGUUUGUUUAGUUGCCACGGUCUGUUAUUUAAGAGGUAUGCAGCAACACCUACAUGUCAGCUAACUCUGGGAGGCAACAUUAGACUGCACGUCUCUUUCUCUCUAAUCUAGUGUGAAAGUCUGAAGGAGAAGCUUUACGAAUUAAAACCUCAGCAAGUGAAUUCAUGACUUCCCCUUCCAUACUGCAGCUAGCACGACGUUAACUAUACAGCCACAGCUACAGGUGUAGUUGUUAAUGAAGGCUAUUUGAAUACACCUACAUUAAAGAAAUUCUUUGUAAUGUCUCAAACAGUUGAACAUUAUGAGUGUAGAGAGCAUAGGGGGAUGGGUAGAAACAUACAGAAAGACGGUAGUUUAUAAACUCACUUGUGAUCUGAAGAGAAAUUAUGUUAAAAACAUUGCCCUUCUCGCUCACUCUUCUCUGUCUGGUGAAGUGACACAGUGGAUGCUCUUAGUCAUCCAAACUUUUUUUUGGCCCCCUAUUUGAUUUAAUACCAACCCCCUGAGGUAGUGUCUUGUGUUGAAUUGGGGAAACAGCUAGGUUCCCAAUUACAUGUGCAUCUUGCAUUUAUGUGGAAUUUUUUAGAAAAAUCAACAACCCAACACCAGUUGCAGGUCACAUAGAACAGAUGUCCCCCAAAGCAGAUGUCCUUUUCCUCCUCCCAUCUUGCUUCACACUGAGUAAUGCUCUCUUUAAACAUGUACAAAAACCGGAUUCCUGCCCUCUAACAUCUAAUAUAUGACUUCAAAAUUCUAAUGUCUUUACUGAUAGGUCUUAUUAGCAUCUGAAAAAAAUUUUUUUUAGUUGGGAAACUAGUUUGUUAGGCCUUGAGAGUUUUGCGACAGAAUCCUUUGGCCGUGUCUCACUGCAGUCACUGAUCCCUUCAUGGCAUGCUUUGAUUGCUAGACUUCAGGCAGUCUCUUUGGUUGUAUCAUAUUUAAAAAUGACGAGUAAAUUUUCUUUUUCAUAUGUGUUAUGUGUCUGAGGUUUUGUGGUUUUAAUUAGAAAGUGUGCCAGUAUGAAUAUAAGCAAUCGAUUUUGGUAACAUUGGACUUUUCUUAAAGUACAGAGGUCCGAAGAAUAGACAUGUACACUGGUGUAAGAAUAGAGUGGACAGAGGGUCUGGAUCAGGACCCAAGUUUGUUAGGUCACGUGCCAAAACGAAGACAAGCAAGCAGCUGAACUGGUCUUUCAAGCACGAGGAUGCAGAGUGUGGUCGCAUGUGGUUGUACACACCUCCAGUCCCAGGUUUCCCUCCCUCCAACCACUCUGGCCUGCUAGCGUUGGUUUAUGCUAAGGAAAGGAGAACAAGUAAGCCUCCUACACUUGGCCUGACUGAGCCACUACCAGGUUUGCUGGCAGCUUUGGCCACAUUAUCUGUGAGGUGAUUUUCUUUGUGUUGAAUGACUUCUGGUUCUAAUUCUUUGUUUUGUUUUGUAUGGAGCAGCACUUUAUCUGUGUUUUAGCAGAACUGUUCCUCUUUAUCCUUUACGGUUUUUCCUUGUUUUGAUUUCCUUUUUAAAUUAUGCAUAGAGUUUUUUUGUGUGUGUGAAAUUAAAGCCUUUAUUAACCUUG